AUGAUUACACCUAGAUUCGAAAUUACCCAGGAUGAUUCUUAUUUAUUUGUGAAAGUCCAUAUUUCAUCCAUAAGAUUCAACUCUAAUAACAUUGAAGUGAAUGUUACUGGUAAUGUCUUAAUAUUCCAUUUAGCACCUUAUUAUUUACGUCUGCGUUUUGACAAUCCACUUCAAGAAGAACCUGAAUUGGAGGAUGAUUCCAACGAUAGUAACAUAACUGAAAAAUCGAUGGCUACCUUUGUUCAAGGUGAAGAAGCUAUAUUACUCAAAGUUCCUAAGUUAAAUAAAGGUCAAAUCUUUGAAGAUUUGGACUUACAUAGUAAACUAUUAGCAAGAAUCGGAGAGACAACCCAUCAGAACUCCUCUAUACCAAAAGGUCCACUUAUUCAAGAAAUAGGUGAGCAAGCUUCUAUGGAUUCCAGCUCACAACAACAACAGAAAACUGAAUCAUUGGAAAACAUUGAAAAGACCGGGAGAUUAUUUGAUUGGGAAAUCGAACAAACUGUUCCAAAUGAUGAUGCUAAUGAUAUGUUGGGGUUUAAAUAUGGGUUCAACAAUAGUUAUAACGAUAUAAUUGGCGUGUCUUUAUCAAAUGGGAACGAUAUAAAUGAAUUAAAUGACCCGGAACAUACAAGUGCAAAUGAUAGAGUGGGAGAAAGAAUAGAAAAAGGUAAUUUUAAAUUUGAUGCAGAAUAUUAUAUCUCUGAAUAUAUGACUUCUAAAUAUGGUACCGAAGAAGACAUUGAAAUCAAUGGUAUAAAAGAACUGAUGAGUUUCAAUCCACCCUUAGCUAAACAAUUCCUAAAAUGGUAUAAAAAAAAUCCUUCGAAUGAUGAUCCUAUGCCAAUUGAAUUUAACGAAAAAGAACAAGCUCAGAUGCAAAAUAAUUUGCCGAAAAAGGAAUAUUUUGUGGAUCCUCAAUGUAUGAAAACAAACUAUAUUACAAUUUUAUCAUUGUUAUUUAGUUAUACGUUUGAACAAAUCGAAAAUGAAGGCACACAUAACUCAGAGACAAGUUGGACUAUCGGUAAAUUAACUCCUCAAAUCUCAUUCUUAGAUCAACAACUGAAAUUGGAUAAUGUUGGAGCAAACGGUAUAGUUGAAAUAUCACAAACCAAUCUGAACAAUGGGGGCAAUAAUAGUGUGGGUGAAGACUCCAUUAUCAGAGUAGCUAUCGAAUGUGGUAUAAAAAGAUCCCUGUCGUAUCCACUUCAUAGAAAUUUCCAACUUUCUCAAAAGGCAUGGAAAAAUGCAUAUUAUUUAUUGAGAGGUGGUAAAAGAUUAGUUAUAAAAGCGUUAUUAGAUAUUCAUGAAUGUUUUAGAUUUCAUGAUAUUUAUUAUGUUUAUAAUAAAGCGUUAUUGGAUGAUCUUUGUUCAUGGUUCAUAAGUUACGGUGAUGAGGUAAUUAUAAGAAGUCUUGCUAUCCAAAUGAAAAGAGAACUUGAUACUGUAACCGAAGACAGUAUCAGUUUUGAUUGCAUAUCUGAUGUUAAUUUAGAGACUGCUGAACCUAUCACUGAAAAUUUGACGUUAAAAGAGAUGGAAAUAUUAACAGAAAGUGAAUAUCUUUCACAACCAGCACCAAAUACCGAAUAA